UGUUUAGUGUCAACUGUCAAUUAGUGUUAAUAAUUGCCAAAGACUACAAUCUAUGGCUACAAUAUUAUAUCUGAAUAAUUGCCAACGAUUGAAAUUAAUUCCAAGAGUAGUACGUUAGUGAAAUUAUCCAAUAUCCGAUAACUUGCCCUGCCCAAAGAGGCAUAAAAGAAUAAUACAACCGAAAUAUAACAUACCUAAUCUCUAUCUCAGUCUAUCAAAAUUUUCGGUGAAUUGUUUCUGAAAUGUCGAAUAAAAAGUAUGGCCUCAUAUUAUCUGAUAAAAGUAAGCCUAAGCCCACAUUCCAGGCUUCAAGGAAUGUUUUUGGAAACGAUUCUGAUUCAGAUGACGAAUCCAAGAAAAGACUAGCUUUGCCUCGACCUAGCGAUCUUAUGAAUAGAAAGGCAAAAUUGACCCAGGAAAAAGUUUUGAAUGAAGAUCCAACGGUUUACCAGUAUGAUGAAAUAUAUGAAGAAAUGGUUAGCAAAAAAGAUAAGGAGAAAGCUAAAACAAAAGAAGAAAAGAAACCCCAAUACAUAGAAAAUCUUAUGAAGGCGGCUAACAAGCGUAAAGUUGAGAAUGAAAGACGUAUCGAGAGACAAGUUCAAAAAGAAAGGGAAAAGGAAGGUGAUGAAUUUAAGGAUAAGGAAGUAUUUGUGACAUCAGCAUACAAAAAGAAAUUGGAGGAAAUGCGGUUAGAAGAAGAGAAAGAGAAAAGAGAAGAGUAUUUAGAGAAUAUAGGAGAUGUUAUGAAACAAAAAGAUUUAGGUGGAUUUUACCGUCAUUUAUAUGAACAGAAGUUAGGAAGAGAUAAAACCGAAGAGAAUGUAGAGGCAACAAAGCCUGAAGAACUAGAAGAAAACCUCAAAAAGAAUGAUUCAUCUACAAAUCCUGAUACACAAAAGAAAAGAAAUUAUAGAAAGCGAAAAUCAUCAGAUAGAACCCGAUUGUCAGAUGGCGAAAUAGAAGACUCUGAUGAAGAGAUUAAUCGUGUCAAUUUAGAUGAUCUUAGAUUGGCAAAGAAACAAAAAUCAGACAAUAUAGAUGCAGAUUCAGAUUUUUCCAUAGAUGAGUCUAGUGAUGAAGAAAAGGACAAAAAAAAUGAAGAAACUUUAAAAAUUAAACUGGAAAAAAGUGAAAACAUAAAUGUAAAAGACAAAGACAGUAGUCCAAAACAAAUUAAAAAUGAAAAUACUGAAAUUAAAGAACCUGUACCAAAAGAGAAGAUUGAUAUUUGGAAAAAGAGAACUGUAGGAAUAGUUUUUGAAGAAGCUCUUAAAAGGUAUUAUGAAAGAAAAGCAGCCAGGGGUUGUUGAUUAAAUUGGGCCUUUAUUUUGUAAGCCAUUUCCUAUAAUAUUAAACAUAUUUAACUGUA